AUGUUACACGUUUACGUCGUGCUUCUGUUAGCGGCACUAUGUCACGCGUUCUAUCUGCCCGGCGUGGCCCCCACAGACUAUGAGGAGGGCGACAAGGUGCCUCUCCUGGUUAACGCGCUGACUCCUCGACAGAUUCUGUCCGAGUCCGGUCAGCUGGAGUCUGUUGUUCCCUACGACUACUACUACGAGCUGUUCAACUUCUGCAAGCCUGUCGGAGGCGCCGAGAAGCAGAGCGAGUCUCUGGGAUCCAUUCUGUUUGGCGACCGAAUCUUCAACUCGCCCUUCCAGCUCAACAUGAAGGAGGACAAGCAGUGCGAGGAGCUGUGUCCCAAUCGACCCAUUUACGACGUGUUCUCCGCUCGUUUCACCAACAAGAAGAUUCUGCAAGGUUACGCGCAGAACUGGUUCAUCGAUGGUCUUCCUGCCGGCCGACAGCUGCGUGGCCAGGAGGGACAGUUUUUUGCCGGCUUUGAGCUCGGAGAGAUUGAGCAGCCAAACGCCGACAACACCGACGACGUGGAUGACUCUGAGAACAAUGAGAAGCGAGACGAGGAUUCCGACAUCCCCUACCUCAACAACCACUACGACAUCACUGUGGAGUACCACACCACCAAGCAGGGCAAGCACCGAGUGGUUGGCGUGGAAAUUCUGCCGCGAUCUCUCGACCGAUCCGGCGCCGAGGAAGACCUCUGUGGUGACUACCCCAAGCUGCAUCUCCAGACUGAUCCCGAUACUAAGCAGCAGGUGGUUUUCACCUACUCGGUCACCUGGAAGCACUCAGACACCCCCUGGGCCACCCGAUGGGACAAGUACCUCCAGGUCCACAACCCCCAGGUCCAGUGGUUUGCCAUCAUCAACUCCGCCAUCGUCGUCACUCUGCUGGCUACUACUGUUGCUACCGUUCUGACCCGAGCUCUGCGAAAGGACAUUGCCUCCUACAAUGAGAUUGAUCUGUCUGAGGAGGUUCAGGAGGACAGUGGAUGGAAGCUCGUGCAUGGAGACGUGUUCCGAACUCCUAAGAACCGAAUGAUUCUGUGUGCCUUUUUGGGUUCUGGAGCUCAGAUGUUCGUCAUGUGCGGCCUCACAGUCUUCUUCGCCGUCAUUGGAUUCCUUUCGCCCUCCAACCGAGGAGCUCUUGGAACAGCCUUCAUUCUCUUCUACUCUCUGUCUGGCUUUGUCGGGGGCUACGUGUCUCGAAAGUUCUACAACACCAUGGGCGGUGAGAACGUGAAGAUGAACCUUCUUCUGACCCCCGUGCUUAUCCCCUCCAUCAUCUUUGCCGCCUUCAUUGGUCUCAACUUCUUCCUGAUUGCCUACAACUCUGCUGGAGCCGUUCCCUUCGGUACCAUGCUUGCUCUGGUUGCCGUGUGGUUCGCCAUUUCUGUUCCUCUGUCCAUUGCUGGAGGUUUCAUCGCCAAGACUCCCUUCUCUGUGCCUGUCAAGACCAACCAGAUCCCCCGACAGAUCCCUCAGCAGCCCUUUUACCUGGAAAAGGUCCCCUCUGUGGCCAUUGCUGGUAUUCUGCCCUUUGUGGCCAUCUUCGUCGAGCUGUACUUCAUUGUCAGCUCCAUCUGGUUCCACCGAAUGUUCUACAUGUUCGGCUUCCUGUUCCUGUCGUACGGUCUCAUGCUGGUGUCCACCGUUGUUGUCACUGUGCUCAUGAUCUACCUGCUGCUGUGCUCCGAAAACUACCACUGGCAGUGGAGAUCUUUCUUCAUUGCCGGCUCGUGCGCCUUUUACGUGUACGCUCACGCUCUGCUGUUCCUCAUCAACAAGCUGGCUCUGGGCUCCUUCACCUCCAACAUUCUGUAUCUCGGCUACUCCGCCAUCAUUUCCCUCAUUAUGUUUGUGCUGCUCGGAACCGUGGGCUACACCUGUUCCUUCUUCUUUGUGCGAAAGAUCUACACCGCAAUCAAGAUUGAUUAG